UAAAGAAUAAAGGCAAAUUAGAACAGUAGACAAAGAAAAAAUAAGUAAAUUUUCCGCCUUUCAAUAAAUAUCUUGCUAUUGUACAUUUCCACAUUCAAGAUUUUGACAAGACAAACAAUAAAAAUGGAUUUUCUCUCCGAUCAACUAAAAAAGAAGUUCUCCGACAAGAAGCCCGAAAGUUCUAACCCUGAGCCGAACCACAACAAAAACAAACCCGGUCAUGCUGAUCCAACAACUCAUAGCGGACAUAGGCCAGCUACCAACGCCGAGCUCAUGGCUAGUGCCAAGAUUGUAGCCGAAGCUGCUCAAGCCGCUGCUCGCAAUGAAACUGCCAAGCUUGACAAAGCUAAAGUCGCCGGAGCCACGGCAGAUAUUCUUGACGCCGCUUCUAGAUACGGCAAGUUCGAUGAAAAAAGCGGUGUGGGUCAGUACCUCGAAAAGGCUGAAAAUUAUCUCUACAAGUAUGAAUCUUCACACUCUCACUCCUCCGGCGGUGGCAGUCACGGCGGUGUCGGCGGUGGUGGCAGCCACGGUGGAGGAGCUGGAGAACCAGCGGGUAAGAAAGGGGAUGAGAAAUCAGGAGGUGGUAGCCAUGGGUUUGGAGACUAUGCUAAGAUGGCUCAAGGUUUCAUGAAAUGAUUAAUGUUUUAAUUAGUACAUUAAAAAUAAUGAUGUUAGUAACUAAGUAUCCUUGCAUAAUUACGUUUAGUAAGUUGUCGCUUUCUGAAUUAUUAACCUUGGAUCUGUGUAUGGUGUUGAAACUUGCUGAUGUAGAAUAAAAUGUUUCUGUUUUCUUUC